AUGGGUGAUUACGUGACUCCUGGCGAGGAGCCGCCACAACCGGGCAUUUAUCGAAGUGAACAAAUGUGUCUGGCUCAGCUUUAUCUCCAAUCAGAUGCUUCCUAUCAAUGUGUCGCAGAGUUAGGAGAGCUCGGACUUGUUCAAUUCCGUGAUUUGAACCCAGAUGUGAGCGCGUUCCAGCGAAAAUAUGUUAAUGAAGUGAGACGAUGCGACGAGAUGGAACGAAAACUGAGAUUCCUCGAACAUGAAAUCAGAAAAGACCAAAUUCCUAUGUUGGACACCGGAGAGAACCCUGAUGCUCCAUUGCCAAGAGAAAUGAUUGAUUUAGAGGCUACAUUCGAGAAGUUAGAAAACGAACUUCGAGAAGUGAACAAAAACGAGGAAACUCUUAAGAAAAACUUCUCAGAACUCACCGAGUUGAAACAUAUUCUGCGAAAGACUCAAACUUUCUUCGAGGAGGUUGAUCAUGAUCGGUGGCGGAUUUUGGAAGGUGGCAGCAGCUCUCGGAGAGGUCGAUCGUCAGAACGAGAAGAGCAAGCACCACUCAUUGAUAUUGGUGGAGAUAUUGAAGACGAUUCAGCACGACUUUCAGUUCAAGCUGCAAUGCUCCGACUCGGUUCACCACUGGCAGUUCUUUCAUUCCAAAAAGAAGUCCUUCUUUCUACUCUCAUCAAUUUUCUUUCUGAUCACUUAGUCCUUCUCUUCCUAAACUCUUCUUCACUAACACAGGCUGGUACUGGGGAAAUGCUGCCAGCGGCUGCUGCAAUCGAAACUGAAGAAGGACUCGAAUUGACUCAACAUAUUGCUGCUGGAGGAGCACCGGGUGGUGCAAUGUUCGCCAACUUUGGGUGA